AUGUGGCGUCUGAUUGGUGUGUUUGGUUAUAAAGUGAAGUCAGUGUCAGUGAUGGAGGGAGAUUCUGUUACUCUAUACAGUAAUAUUACUAAAAUAAAGAUAGUUAAUGAGAUAGUGUGGAUGUUUGGACCUCAAAGGGCUCACAUAGCUACAAUUUAUAGACAAAACAUUUCAACAUAUAUUGGUGUUCAUGAUGGGAGAUUCAGAGACAGACUGCAGGCGGAUUAUCAGACUGGAGAUCUCAUCAUCAAAAACAUCACAACUCAACACACUGGACUUUAUCAAGUAACCAGCAGAUUCAACAGAAAGAACUCAUCCAGAUAUAAUGUUAUUGUUUAUGCUCGUCUGCCCGUUCCUGUCAUCAUCAGCAGAGACUCUUCAUCAGUCUCAAAAUGUGUGUUGAUGUGUUCAGUGUUAAAUGUAAGAGAUGUGAGAGAUGUGAGUCUGUCCUGGUACAAAGGAAACAGUUUAUUGUCCAGCAUCAGUGUGUCUGAUCUCAACAUCAGCAGCAUCUCUCUUCAUCUGAAGUGUCUGGAUGAUUCUUACAGCUGUGUGGUGAACAAUCCCAUCAGUAAUCAAACUCAACAUCUCAACAUCAUUCAUCUCUGUCAGUCGUGUUCAGACUCUGCCAACUCUUGCGCUACGACUGAAGCUGUGAUCCGAUUGGUUGUCUCUGCUCUGGUGGGUGUGGCUGCUGUAGCUGCUUCUGUUGUUUUGAUUUAUGACAUCAGAUCCAGAAGAGAUGAACAGAAGAGAAAAUUAUAG